AUGUGGAAGGCUUGCUAUCAGGAAGAGGGUAACAUUACGCGCGAGCAAGUUGAAGCUUUACUUAAUACAUACAACAGGCCGGAGGUCCUAAGGAACACACUAGUCAAACAGCUCGAGGAUUUUCCUCACGCGGGAAAUACUCCGAUAGACCAACGUCACAUGUUUUGCAAGGUAAAAGCGAUAUGGACGCAACUAAGCAAUCUCAACGAGCAGCCUGGAUCGACUCCCCUGAUGAGAACAAUACGUUCGAAAUUCCCUAAGAAGGACAAGAGAAAAGUCGGUGAAAUGGGAUCAAAAAACGACAAGUGGACUACAGAGGACCUACUCAGGGCGCUCGAAAGCAACAUAAACCAGCUAGAGAUUAUGGAAGACACAGACCCACUUUCCACGAGACAGUCAAAAUCAUACGCGGCAAGUGGAAAAAGGGAGAGCCCAGCAAUUCGAGAAAGAUCAGGGGCGCAAAGAAUUUCAAUCAACAGUCCGCAGUAUUCUGCUGCAAACACGGAACCGCAGUACUUCGCACUGCGACGAAGUUACAUCACCAAACGCAAGAAGAAAGCUGGCGAUACAAUCACAACUGUAUUGGAAAUGUCUAAACUCAGGACACAGAAAACAACACUGCAAGGCUCCCCCGUGUCGAUAUUGUAA